AAAAUGCGUCCCGUUAAAGUAAAGUCUAAAGUUUCGUUGUGCUCGUUGGAAGUCGUGUUUUAAUCAUGAUGUAUAAUUGUCGCUAUUCCAGAUAAGCCAGUUCAAAAAUUACUUGAUGUAAUGAAAAUGCGCGAUGAUUUCUAUAACAGUAGCCUUAUCUGUUUCAUUAUGUGGAUAUCGUUGACUUGUCUGUUGUUUGUCCUCUCAACAACGAUCAUCGCCAAUAAGUAAUAGCAACCGGCUAAAAAAUUACUUGAUUCGAUGAAGACACACUGUGAUUCCUACAACAAUGGGCUUUCCUGCAUCGUUAUGUGGACGUCGUUGACGUGUCUACUGUUCAUCUUUUCGCUAUUAACAACGAUUACUGCUAAGCCGACCAUCAAUGAGAUUGGUACCAAAGUGAUCAGCAAGGAUGCCAUCAACGUAAUGUGCCCACCAAUCAUAUGUACCUUAUACUGCCCAUGGGGAUUCGAGAUUGAUCUGAUCACCUUCUGUCCUAUAUGCUCGUGCUGGAUCCCCCGUUUCUGCGCCAUUUUCUGUCCGGAAAGCCAAAUCUGCGAGCCAGAAUUCUUGCCAUGUCUUAUACCGCCAUGUCCUAUAAUAGGUAUCACAUGUAUGAACGUCACGUCUUCAUCAAUAGUCUGAUCUGCAUGCUGAUCUGAAUUCUUGUAUCAUCGAUUUGCCACUAUUUCUUUGCAAUAUGCCAAGUAAAUUAAUUUGUCCGCGGAUGUACAGCUGCCUAGUGUAGAGUACCUCUAAUAAAAGUUAGAACACCUUACUAAUUUAUUUGUGUACAGCUUUAAACAGAAUAAAGAAAAUCAAUCAUUUACUUUA